AUGCCUCGCCAGGGAGACGGUUCAAGCGAUAAUGGGCCCUUUGAGGAGGCUACUCACAAUGUCGCCCACGGUGUCACUUCUGAUGAUAAGUCAAAGGACAAGACUGCCCCCUUGCCGGAGGGUAUCCACGAGAAAGGCGCUGGCAUUAAGGGUAUGAAUGCGAGCGGCGGACAGAGUCAAGGCAUUAAAGAAGGCCCUGAUGUUGGCCAGGGCGGACGUGGAAGCUCCAACUGA